GCUAAAUAGGCACAUCUGUUCUACUCCUUUUUAUCAAGUCAACAACAGUGGACUAGCUUACUGGAAAUCUUACUGGAAAACUUUUGUGAGGAGGUCAGGUUGUGAAAAUGUGUUAACGUCAGUCCAGAAGCAGAGAAGUCAGGGGACAGUGCUUGUCACACACGGACGGUGCAUAUCAGGUCAUCUGGUGAGUUCACAGUGCAGGAAAUCCCUGGGUUGAGUAAUCUUAGCCUGAACUAUAUGAGUUAGACUCUCUCUGUCUGCUUCAACCAGAGAACAGAGCCCCUGAGGCCUGCAGCAUGGAGAUACUGUCACUAAUGGUUGCCCAGUCUUGCCUGUUAGCCUUGCUUACUUCAUUGUCACUUGUUGGUUGUCAGCAACCACUGAACUGCAGAUGGGGGCCUUAUAGAGACUGGUCAGAGUGUGAUGGCUGCACAAAAACUCAGGUCCGAACACGCUCAAUAGAAGUGUUUCCUCAGUUUGGGGGAGCUGCUUGCACAGGGGAGGCCAUUCAAAGACAAGCAUGUGUGCCUAAGAAGAGCUGUCCCCUGGAAACAGGCUGUGGAGACAGAUUCCGCUGCACGUCUGGUCAGUGUAUCAGCCUUUCAUUGGCAUGUAACGGUGAUCAGGACUGUGAGGAGGAUGGUUUAGAUGAACAGCGGUGUCCCCAGUCCAGCACUUCAGUUUGUAAUACACACAAAACUCCACCUAACUCUGACCUCACAGGAAAAGGGUUUGACAUGUUGACAGGCAAGCUAAAAGCUGGCAUUAUUAACACACGCAGCUUUGGAGGCCAGUGCAGGAAAAUUUUUAGUGGUGAUCACAAAGACUAUUACAGACUCCCAGAGAGUAUCCUCCGAUACAGCUUUCAGGUUAGUAUUGAGAAUGAUUUUAGUGACGAUUUCUACAACAGCUCCUGGUCCUACACAAAACAUGUGGAGGAGAGAUAUAGCAUCAGAGGAGGCCACGAUCACAGAACAUUUCACAGUGAACUGAAGAAGGAUAAGGCCUACCAUUUGUUGAUCAUCAGGAACGAGGUGGAAGUAGCUCAGUUUCAGAACAAUGUCCCUGAGUACCUCACCCUCUCCGAGGAGUUUUGGAGGGCCCUCUCGGCUCUGCCCAGCACAUAUGAUCCAGCAGCCUACCGCUCCCUCCUACAGAUCUAUGGCACACACUACAUGGUCGAGGGAUCUCUGGGUGGACAGUACCAGCUUCUGCUGGAGUUCGAUUCCAGCUUCAUCAGAGAGAUGAGUCAAACAGACAUUGACUUCCACCAGUGUAUUACUCGUGUGAAGAGACGUUUUUUCCGCAAGAAGAAAACGACCAAGUGUGAGAAACUGAUCCAGUCCAUUAAGAGUUCCAGCCAACACAGUAGCCAGAAGAUGCCUGUGAAGACGGACAUCAUUGGAGGCUAUCCUGCCUAUGUGGCUGGCCUGAGCCUUCUGGACCUAGACAACCCUGAGCACAACCAAGCCAUGUAUUCUAAAUGGGCUGGCUCAGUGAAGGAAUUCCCUCAAGUUAUCAAACAGAAGCUGAGGCCAAUAUAUGAGCUGGUGAAGGAGGUACCCUGUGCAGGACUGAAGAAGCUCCACCUGAAGAGGGCACUGGAGGAGUAUCUUGAGGAACAGAGUUCCUGCCAUUGCAGGCCAUGCCAGAACAAUGGUAUGCCUGUGCUGAGUGAUAGAGUGUGUACCUGUGUGUGUAAGCCUGACACCAGUGGCACAGCCUGCCAGAGCGGACAUGUCCUUGGAGAACAGCCAGGAGUGGUUCAUGGAGGCUGGAGUUGCUGGUCUGCCUGGGGAUCUUGUUCUCAAGGUCAUAAGUCGAGGACUCGCGAAUGUAAUAAUCCUGUACCAAGAAAUGGAGGCAAGCACUGUAAUGGCCCAUUGGUUGAGCACAAAGCCUGCGAGGACCCAGAUCUUGACCACUUAAGAUUUAUGGAGCCCCACUGCUUUGACACCGCUCUAACACCACCAAAGUCCUGCAAGGUUCCCCCUCCUUUGCAAAAUGGAGUUGUUUUGGAUCCUAAAGAUGUCUAUCCAGUGGGAAGCAAGAUCGAGUAUUCCUGCAUUGAAGGAUAUCAGGUUGUUGGGGACCCUCUUGCUGAAUGUACAGCAGGCCUGUACUGGAUGAAAAGACACAUAGAGUGCAAGAGAUCCUCAUGUGAUGCUCCGCCUCUCCUGAGUCAUAUCAUCACCACACCACUGAAGCAGACCUAUCUAAUAGGAGAGAGCGUGUCCCUGUCCUGCCCUAGUGGAAUGCAGUUCCAAGGAGAGCCAAGGAUCAUCUGUCGUGCCAGCCUGAGCUGGUCUCCAGCACCAAACGACUUUAAAUGCAACAUAGUGGUCAAGUCCCAAACAAGUCUGGACUGUAAGCCAUGGGAAAAACAAGGGGAAGGACAAUGUGUGUGCAAAAUGGCAUAUGAAUGCAAGCCCUCUUUACAAGUGUGUGCCUCUCUGCGUCCUGGCCGGAUGGAUAGAGUAGGCAUGUGCCAGCUUGGUGCCUUGCAGUGUCAGGGACGGACAUUUUCUCUACUCCAGGACAGCUUAUGUGAAUGGCCAGAAACCAAAUUUACAUCUUGUCAGGACUGCCAUCCAUGGGAGAAAUGCACUGGGUCAGAGUGUAAAUGUAAAGAAGCAGCAGAAUGUUUAGAAGACUCCGCCCACCUCUGUAUCUCUGUGGAGAACGGCAACCCAGUGCCCAUGUCAGAAUGUGAGGCAGGGGCCUGGAGGUGCUCAGGAAAACAGAUCAAAAUCCUCAGUAUUGGAAACUGUCCAACGUGAGCUUUCCCAUUAUAAUGAAAAGCUAUAACAACAACUUUUACAACAUAGAUAUGUAUACAUACAAUGCAGUUGUGCUUGUUCUGGACAACACAGAACUACAUACAGUCGUAUGCAAAAGUUUGAACUCUCUGGUAAGUGAAAAUAAGUUAACACAUCAUCUGCA